GCUAAAGAGAAUUGGUUACAAGGAGGAGCGACAAAGUUGAGAGGAGGACGGUGGAAUGACCGUAACAGCAACUGUUGACGAAUUCUGCAAUCAUUUAGUUUGCCAUCCUUGCUCUGCAUGCUCUGCUUUGAUGCAUGAGCAUAGUGUCUAAUGCACGUGUUGAGCCGUUGGCCGUUGAUGCUAUGGCGGUCACCAGAUUGAAUGCUGUCCCGGGGACAGAGAUGACCGUGUCGCCUUCAUGCGUACAGGCAGGAAGCUCUUGGGAGCUACCAUUGCGUCUCCAUGAAUUACAGCUGCUAGAGUUGGCCGGCGGUGCUGCAGGACCUGAGACCCUCUAUAAAGAAGAUAGAUCGAUAACGUUAAUGGCUCCUCGACGCUGAAAUGGAUCAUGGCGUGUACUCAUUAGUAGUUUGCAAAUAAAUGUGAGGCCGUGGCGAUCGAAGUUAGGUAAGUUUUAUG